CGCGCGGACUCUCGUCCCAUUCAAAACCACCUGCUCGCGGCGGAAGCAUCGAGAGGGACGUACACGAGCCGAAGCGACGCACUGUACUCACCGCCUGCUGCUUCUUCUUCUUCGUCUACUUCCUCGUCCUGCUGCCGCUGUUGCUGUUACUACAGUCGCCGGUUCGCGCACUCAUACAUCGCUUCCGAUCGGGCGGCAAGCACGGACUUGGCGCAAGGAGAGCUGCUGCUGCUUCACGGUAGAAAACAACGCGAGAGCAAUUAAGACAAGGGAGCUGACCGUGUAAUCGCAAGGAGUUCCAAAGAGAGACAGGGAGAAAGAGAGAGAGAGAGAGAGAGAGAGAGAGAGAGAGAGAGAGAGAGAGGAAGGUGCUGCGAUGGGUUCGACAUCAACUUCUUCGGCGCUAUUUUUAACGUUUUUGCUCAUCGCUUCCUUCAGCGUUGAGAUUUCCGCAAAACGUGGUUGUUCCGCUUUUGGACAUUCCUGCUACGGAGGACAUGGAAAACGCUCAUACUCCGAAUCAGUUGACUUGGAUCUGGCAAGAAAUAAAGAAGGAACUCAACAAAAUGACUACGAUUUGUCAAGGUCAAAUGCCGAGAGUGUGGCUCUUGUUCCGUCGCAGGGAUACAACCGACAGGAGCAACGCUCGAUCCAUUCGAUACAUGAACGUCCAAAUACAAAUUCUUGGUCUUUGUUCAUCAGAAAACUGCUGGUGCCGUACCGUCGUCCUUACAUGGCUUACUCUGAAUCUCAAAAAUGAAACAAUAAUACAAAAAUGUAAAUCCUUAUAAAUACGACGUUAUUAGAAAAAAAGAAUUCUUAAAUGAUUAAUAAAUAAUUUGACAGAAA